UCCCGUGAGGCGUCGCAGCUGCAAUUUAGUGUCAGGACCUCGUGGAUGCAGUUGUGAAGCUCGCAGCUACAGGCGUCGCCAUAUUGUAGAGUUCGUGCAUGAAAUAUAUCAGCGAGAUGGAAAAUAAUUACGGUAUCACGGUAACUAAUCGGUAUAGAUUGUUCUUGGACGACGAUGAGGACCCAUUAGAAGUCCUUAAAGUCCAAGAACAGGCUAAAGAAGCUAAGAAGAAAACUAAGGUAUGCGAAAAGGAGAAGGAAAAUAAGAGCAAGCCGGAAUCAAAAACUAAGCAACCUCCACAAGUUCGCAAAAACGUGAGGGAACCUGUGCAAAGUGUGAAAUCUGUAGAUUCAGGGAAGAUUAAAGAAGAUCAGAAAAGCAAGCCAACUACCCAGCGUGCGUCUCAAGAUAGAGAUCAGAGGAAUGUAAAGUUCAGUGAUUCACGUGACCGAGAAGAACGUAAUAACUGGAAAAAUCAAGAGCGAGGUGGUCAGAAUAAUGAUUUCAACAGGGAGCCAAGAGAUCGUGAUACUGCAAGGCCAGAAGGUACAGAAGGAAGAUUUAGAGGUCGUGGUGGCCGUGGCGUAUUCCGUGGUGGCCGCGGAGGUCCGCCUAUGCGUGGAAUGCGUGGUGGUCUGGGCUAUGACACUCGUGGAAAACGUGAAUAUGAUCGUCAAUCUGGAUCCGAUAAAACAGGUGUGAAACCUGUUGACAAGAGAGAAGGUGGUGGCGCUCAUAACUGGGGAAAUCACAGGGAUGAAAUACAGGAGCAGCUGAACACCCAAGUUCAAGACGAUCCUGAAUGGCAAGCUGAAGAAUUUGUGCCAGAGAAUCCAACAAAAGAUGUUCAAGCUUCAGACUCCGAAGGUGAUACACCACAGCCAGUAGAAGAGGAAGGACCUAGGGUACUCACACUUGAUGAAUAUUAUGCACUCCGUCGUCACCGGCAGAAACCAACUUAUAACAUACGCAAAGCAGGAGAAGGUGAAGAUCCAUCUCAGUGGAAGAAAAUGUACGCUUUAACAAAGAAGAAAGAAGGAGAAGAGGAGGAAGAAGAGGAGGAGGAAUACGAUGCAUCAGAAUACCCGCAGCGUGUUGGACGACAGAAGCACAUCUUGGAUAUAGAUAUUCACUUUGCUGACUCGAGACGUGGCAGUAGAGCUCGUGGUCGUGGUGGUAUGCGAGGUGGCCGUGGCAUGCGAGGUACAGGACCUGUAGGCCCUGCCCGUAAUGGAGGUGUUGGAAGAGCAGGACCAUUGGGUGACCGUAAUCAGAUGAGAGACCGAUUUGACAGACAAGAGAAUUUCCAGAAUCGUAGUCCUCGGCAGCAGAGUGCUCCAAAGUUUGAUGAUGACCAUGACUUCCCAUCUCUUGCAUAAAAUUUACCAGGCUAGUCAACAAUUUGUUGCUGAGUGCAUAUUGUACUAAAAUUAAGAAGUUCAGUUUGUGCAAAAUGAAUUUAUCAAUAAUGCUCUACAGUUAGAUUUUUCUUGCAAGUUUUUAAUCCGUGUUGAUAUGUUAGCAGUGGAAGAAAGGGGCAAGGGAGGUUUUGUGUGUGUGUGUGUGUGUGUGUGUGUGUGUGUGUGUGUGUGUGUGUGUGUGUGUGUGUGAUUGAUUCUGCUGCCUGUGUUUUGCUGUCUGUUAAGUAAAUUUUUGGUGUGCAGUGUGGAAAAUUAAUAUAUACACUUAACAGUGAACAUUAUUAGGCUGACCACUGAUGGUAGUGUGAUUUAAAUUCCUCUUUGUAUCAAAACAGUGUGAAUUUGAGGACAGACAGCUGUUAAUUUUAUAAAACAAAUUUUCUUGUGUGUUGAGGGAGAGGAAGGGAUGAAUGUAGCAACCAUUAACCUUGAUAAUUACAUUGGCUGUCAACAGGGAGCAUGUCUUCUGCAGUUUGAAUAUACAAAUUUAACAGACAGCUGUUAAUUUUAUAAAAACAAAUUUUCUUGUGUGUUAAGGGAGAGGGACAAAUGUACCAGUCAUUAACCUUGAUGUUUACAUUGGCUGUCAACAAGUAGUAUGUCUUCUGCAGUUCGAAUAUACAUAUUGGGGAAGUGUGUGACCCUUGUUACAGUGGAUAAGCUUUAGAAACAAAGAAGAGCAAUAUCAACUACUACAUAUAGUCUUAAUAGUAACAUUUUGUACUCCAGUUAACAAAUGUUGUACUUUUCAGAGGAGUGGAUUCUACUCUGUAUUCUUCUGUGAGGAUCCUUUCUGACCAGAGGUAUCAUGUUCAGUAUUAAAUUAUAACUGUGUAAUUGAAAUGUAAUUUUCUUGUUCAUCAUUAUUAUUUCAAAAUAAGUCAUUUAACUUCCUGGAAGUGCCUCAGUUACAGGUACUACAUCUCUCAAAGUGUUUGGCUAAUGAACAUAGACGUAUUUUGUGGAUGUGGGGGGGGGGGGGGUAGAGAGAGAGAGAGAGAUGAUGAUGAUGAUGAUGAUGAUGAUGAUGAUGAUGAUGAUGAUGUACUGUUACUUUUGUCAUCAUAGGGCAGGUGACCUUUCAAGGUGGGAACUAAAUUUUUCAAGGUGAUGCCUGGUACAUGUUUGAAGUGAGAUUGUUUGCAAAAGAAAUGAACCUCUAUAUUUUAGUAAUAGCUCUGAUUUUUAAUGGUAAUUUAAAUGUAAAAAAAGUUACUAGAUAUAUCACAGUAGUAGUGUCUUCAUUUUAGAUGCAGAAAUAGGAACAUAAGUGCACAUAUAGACUGGCGGUCAAGUGCACGUGGAUUAGAUGGAUUUUGUUUUCUGAAGGAUUAUUUGUUUCUCUUAUUCUGAUAGAAUAUUGGGGGGGGGGGGGGGAGCUGUAGGGGUGGCGGGCAUUAUUUCACAAGCCUGUUCUGCCACUUGGCUUCCUUCAAAUUCAGAAUUUGGUUUAACUUUGCCUUUUCUCAAUUACCUGUUGACUACCCUGUCAUCCUAUUACUUCUGUGCUUCAUAAAAACCAAGAAGUAAUUAAAAAUUUCUGAAAGCUCGAGUGUCAACAACCAUGUUCGUGUGAACAUAGGUCCAUAUUGUGGAGGCUGGAUAGAUGUUGCUCGUCUAUUGUUAACUGAUGUAUUUUUUUCUAGCCCUUCAUACUACAAAAUUUUGCAUAUGUUAAGAAGUGGUGUUCGAAAGGAAAAAAUUUUCAUUGUUAAUAACCAGUGAUGUGACAUUCUGUGAAGGCAAGGACAUCACUGCUAUGUCAUUCUAGACAUUUGGAAAUACAACAUUGUGUACAGUUUCUGGACCGAAACUUCCUUUUGCUCACACCCAACAAAUUAAAAUGAAUGCAAAUUCUGGCUGUUUUGCAUUCAGUGAUACUUGCUUUCUGCUUACUUGCAGAUUCGAUUAUUGGUUGCUGUAAGCAACAAUGUACAUUCAAAUAGUUUACAUUCCUCAGAAGUCUGAAAAUUGAAUUAACAUUAAUAAUCAGGAAUAUGGUUGUUAAUUUUUAGAUUCUAAGAGAGAGAAUCUGAAUACAUUGUUAUAGCCUUCUGUAUCAUUAUGAUACAGGAGCCUAUGUAAAUGCCUAGCAGCUGUUACUAAAAUAAGAUUUGAAUACAAGUUUCCAUUACAGUAUAAAGCAGAAUUGCUGUGUCAAUCCUUACCACCUGUAAUCCCCUUUUUCCUUGCGAAUUUGCUAUGGAUCGCAUAAUUAGGGAUGCUAUAAUUCCAGUAAUGUAAAUUAGCUCUACUUUUUAAAGUGUGAUUGGUGUUCUUACCAUUUGUCAGAACAGAGCAUGGAUCUGUAUUGAAUUGUUUGUCAAAAUAUUUUUUAGUCAGCGUGAGAUUCACACACUAUGCACCAUCUUAAAUUGCAUUAUUUGCGGGGAAAAAGGCUUCACAUCUGCAGCCUUAAGAUUAAAUUUAUUUUAAAAUACUUUCUUAAUGAAAUCUCACAGGUUAUUGGACAAUUCAGAAGAUUCUUUUGUAGAUGUUUAAUUCUGUUCAUCCACUACCUUUCCCCAGCACUUUCUCCAUUGUAUACCUCCCAUUGAUGUCAUGAAUAAUGGAAUGGUAACUGCAUGUUAUUUAAUUAUGUUACAGUGUAGUAUUGAUGUCUGCAGUAAGUGUGUGUGUGUGUGUGUGUGUGUGUGUGUGUGUGUGUGUGUGUGUGUGUGUUAGUGGCUUCCAGAAAUUUUCAGUUAAUUUCUUACUGAUAAAAUGUAUCAGGUGUUUUUGUUGUUGAUACAAAAAUGUGAACAAAUUUUCUUAUGUUAAAUGAUAGUGUGCAUCUUCUGAGGGUAAUUGACUAAGUGAAGUAGUUAGUGUGUUUGGUUUUGUCUGUAUGGAGAAAAGUUUUUUUCUUUGUUACUAUGGAACAGGUUUAGUUUCAGUGUGAAAUGUGUACUACUUCCCCUUCAAAAUGUAAAAGCAGUUGUCAAACAGUGUUUGAUUCCAGUUGAACUUGUAAUCAGUACUGAAUCUUUGACUUGAACAGGGUUAAAGCCAGUGAGAUCUUUUAAAUGUUCUGGUGGUGCAGUGUUAAGAUCCACUGAGCAGUACAGGUUUGUACUGUUCGUGCCUUGUCAGUCACUUUGAGCCUUAAUCUGCAAGAUGAGCUCCAGGCUCCUGUGAAUGACAGCAUUUUUGGUUCAAUAAAGUGUUCAGAGCAGUGCCAGGCAGGUGCAUUGUUCCGUGAAUUCAACUUUACCAUAUUUGUAUGAUGAGAAAAGGCUGUUUGGGACAAAAGUGGAUAGUGCAUGUGAAUAGUACAUGUGUAUUUGGAAAAGACUGACUUUAAUUAGCUCAUUGGAAGUGUGUUCUACGGAGAUGGGGCUGUGUGUUUACUGUAUUCAAAUUAUUGUUACAGUUCGAGUGGAACGGACUAUUUUCGUUUCUAUACUUCCAAUGAAAAAGUGUUGAGAAUCAGAAUAAUUGAGGUUUUUAGUUUAUUUUUGCCUAAAGUUAAAUAUUUGUGUUUACUUCUGCUGUCUCAUCAGCCAGUUUGCUGUUUAAGUUGAAAGUUGGUCAUAGUAGACCUUAUUUAAUGCUGGUGUGAUAAGUCAUCUUCUGAGAUAAGUAAAGUGGAAGUGUAAACUCAUUGCUCGUAUGAAAAAACUCAAGUAUGUAAUUUUGUUAUCAAAUACUUAAACAUUUAAUAACAAUUUUCUGCAUGGAGCAGUGAACUUAAUGUUCUAAAAUUGAAACUGAUUUUUAUGAAUGUCCAUGCCAGAAAAUAGAUAAAAUUUAAGCUAUUUUCUUCUUAAAGAAGCUGCUGUUACAGUUACACUUGUAGUUCACAUUGACCUGUGAUUCUGAUUCAAGCAGGUACUCUGUUUUGAAGUUAAGUGUAAUUUUUUCAUCACUUAUAGUUAAAGCACCUGUACAGUAAUGUAAUAGCAGCUUCAGAAUUUCAGUUUGUUUGUAAAGGAAAUUUGUUACUGAACUUAAAGUGUUAAAUUUUGUACAUAUAUAUACAAUGUAAGACUUUUAAGUUAUACUGUGAAUUGAUUAAAUUUUGGAAGUGUAUGCAAAGCUUCAUUCUAAUUUUGGAAAAUUAAAUUGAUUUAAUUUCAAUGAAUUUCUUAUAAAUGUCUGUUUAGCAGCAUGUCAGAGAGAUUCUUGUUUGUUGGAAUUAACUGUGUGUUAAUGCAUGCCACAAGUAUAGUACAUACAAUACCUGUCAGUUUUAAUUCAAACAAGUGUUUCAUGGAGCAUCAAAUUUUUACUGAAGUAAAUUAGUUUGUUGAACUAUUUGAAUAACUUAGUGAUUUUUUUCUUUUUCUUCUUUGUGUGUGGGUGUACCUGUGUGUGCACUCAAAUAUGAGUGGUAUGGACACAGAUUAUUUUUAAGGCAGCCUUAUAUUUUAAAGGGGUAUUUCUCCUGUCCAUUGUGGGGUCUCUGGAGUAGCAUCUUUAUCGCCCCACUGUAAAGGAAUUCUGCAAUGAAAUAUUCUCCGUUAAUGGAGAAAUGUGUUGGACCAUCAUAAAUUGUGCAGGCACACCAAAAGAACAAAUUAUUGCCUCUCAGUGAUAUUUCUUGUGAUAAGUUAUUGGAGUAAAAACUCAAUUAACAAAGUGUGUGUCACAGGAUAUUAAACGCCAAAAAGCAAGUGCGUCUAUCUGGUGUAGACUACCUUAGUUUGGUAACAUAGUGUACAAAUUGUAAAGUUACAUAACUCAUUAUGUAUGCUCAUUUAAUGAAUUCCAUAAAAGUGCCUCCUAUUUCUUGGGUUAA